UAUUAUAAGCUACACCUUAACAUUUGCCCAAGCUUCCUCUCUUUCAUUCAUUUCCUUGAAAAUGAUAGAAUAAUCUGUGCGUUGAGCCACCAGUCAAAUCCCCUUCUCCUACGUUGAAGACUCUUCUCUUCACGUUCUGAAACAGAAAAAUGGUUGCCCAUCUUCUGUUAUUACUCUAUCGACACCUCCCCAUCAUCACCAUCUUCCUUGUCCUAAUCCUUGCAUCAACAUCUUAUGGCGAGGAUGAUAAUAGAGAUUACAGAGACUGCAAAAAGCAGUUUAAUUGUGGAGUCUUAUCAAACCUUUCUUAUCCUUUCUGGGGAGGUGAUCGACCUGAAGUUUGUGGACAUAUAGGGUUCGAGCUCAAGUGUGAAGAAGGCCAGCUCCCUAUAAUCCCUAGUGACACACUAGAAUUCCGCCUAUCUCGUUUAAAUCAAUCUUCCAGGUUGAUGACUCUGCAGCUAGUGAAUUCCCAAGAUUACAUUUGUCCUACUCAAAAUUUAGCCAAUUCAAGUACUGAGAGUGACAUCCAUGUCUUCGGCUAUGACCUCAACCUUCAAAACCUGAACUUACUUUACAACUGCACGGUCCCGAACUCGACGCUGGAGCAAAAUAGCAUUUCGAGUUCGUAUUCGAAUUGUAGUGAAUAUAGUGGCAGAUCAUUCUAUGGAAGUGAUGAUAUCUUGGAGAGCAGUAGUGGGCUAAACCAAACGCAAUGUAGCAUAAGGUUCAAAAUCCCCAUUCCAGUUGAGUCUUUUCGUCGACUAACGGGUGACACACCAGAAUUGGAGCAAGUUUUAGGAGAAGAGUUUAACGUGUCGUACAAGUAUGAUCAAGGUCCUUCAAUUUGCGAUGGAUGUAUAGCUUCGAAAGGAAUAUGUGGAACCAACUUGACUGAUCCCAAUAGAGAGUUCUUGUGCCUUUGCCGUGACCACCAUUAUCCUUUUGUGUGCAAAGGUCAUAAUCUGAAAGACAGACAACGGAUUACUGCUAUUGGUAUUGCCUCUGGAUCAGCAGGAAUUUUAAUCAUCUGUAUCAUUCUUUAUGCCAGAAGGAAGGCCUCAUCAAUUUAUCCACUGGUUUUCUUAAAGAAGACACAUGAUCAAGAUCUUGAGCAUUUGAUAAGACAUCAUGUGCCUCUACCUCUGAAAAGAUACAGUUUUUCGGAUGUCAAGAAAAUGACCAAUUUUUUCAAAGAUAAACUUGGUCAAGGAGGUUAUGGAACUGUAUACAAAGGAAGGCUAACGGAUGGCCAUUUGGUGGCAGUGAAGGUCCUGGUGGCUUCAGAACGGAAUGGGGAAGAAUACAUAAAUGAGGUAGCAAGCAUUAGUAGAACUUCCCAUGUUAAUAUUGUCACUCUGCUAGGAUUUUGUUUGGAACGUGACAAAAGAGUUCUCAUCUUCGACUUCAUGCCCAAUGGAUCCUUAGAGAAGUUCAUAAAUCAUGAAAAUGCCUUUCAAGCCAGUCAACAACUAGGAUGGGAAAAAUUGUACCAAAUUGUAAUCGGCGUUGCUCGAGGGCUUGAGUAUUUGCAUCGAGGGUGCAAUACAAGGAUUGUGCAUUUUGACAUCAAACCUCAUAACAUUCUUCUCGACGCAGAUUUUUCCCCUAAGAUAUCUGAUUUUGGACUUGCGAAGUCAUGCACUAGGAAGGAGAGCAAUGUAUCGUUAUUGGAGGCAAGAGGAACCAUUGGAUAUGUAGCGCCAGAAGUGUUCAGUAGAAACUUUGGGCGAGUUUCAUACAAGUCCGAUGUCUAUAGUUAUGGAAUGAUGGUUCUGGAAAUGGUUGGAGGAAAAAAGAAUCAUGAAGCUGAAAUCAGUUCUGGUAGCGAAAAAUAUUUUCCGGAAUGGAUUUAUAAGCAUCUUGAGGUAGAUGAUGAAUCUGGAAUUACUGGUGUGCCUACUUCAGAACAAGCUGACAGUGUGAAGAAAAUAUUAAUAGUUGGCUUGUGGUGCAUCCAGACCAAUCCAGCUGAUAGACCAUCAAUGAGUAAAGUGAUAGAAAUGUUGGAAGGACCUAUUGGAGCAUUGAAGAUUCCACCAACGCCUUUCAUGUCUUCUCCUCCAAGGUUAAUUCCAUACUCAACAACAACAUCAUUAACAUGAAAUUGUAUCACUAUAGCAUGAAAAGAAUGGUCUGUGUCUCAUGAAUUAACAGAGUGGAUCUAUGUGAUUCUGUGAUCUAUAUAUCCACAAAAAAUAAGAAUAGAUUCUGCUUUAAUUAUCCAUUUUAUGGACAGAUUUACAGCCACAUGAGUAAUGUCUAAAACCGCUUAGCUAUAUGGUUGAUAGAGCUAGACAUGGGACUAACUACCAAGUCAAGAAUUUUAUUGUCGCUUUAAGCGUCUUGAUAUCAAAUGGUUUCC